UUCCUGGCUUGCCCAACCAAAGUUUGUUUUCUUAAACAUAUCGAAAAAUUGAUCUCGCAAUUGGAUUCGCCAUGCACGGGUUCGUGAUGGGUAAAGUUGGGAUAUGUUCUCCUUUGCGAGGUCUUGUGUCACCUUUCACGGUCAUUCGGGGAAUGGCCAUUAAAAAAGGUGGAGGUGGAAAAGGAGCGGCAAUGGAGAAAAUUAAGGUUUUCCCAGUUGAAAAGGAUACGAAGAAAUUGGUCAGUCAUUGCUGCGGACUCAAUUACAAGAUUGACGGCGAAGAAGUGCCCUUGAAACCUCGAGAAGAAUAUCCGGAUUGGUUGUGGACCAUGAACAUGGAUCGUCCUCUACCCUCCUCCGAAGAUCUAACGCCCAACACGAUUGAAUACUAUGAACGACUAAGGGAGGAGCAUAAGGAGUUAUUGGCCCGAAGAAGAUCCAAGGAAUACAUGAAGCCCCCCAAAUAAUAUAUUUAAAGUUAACUUGUAACAACGCAUCUAGUGCUCAUAAUGAACAAAUAUACGCUACCCAAUCGCUUAAA